AUGGUUAUCACUGGUGAUGAUGUCGAUACAGUUCUUUCUUUGAAACAGCGGUUACAUACCGAGUUUCAGAUGAAAGAUCUUGGUCCUCUUCGUUAUUUUCUUGGUCUUGAGGUUGCUUAUUCUCGUCGAGGUUACUUGGUGUCUCAACAGAAGUACCUAUCUGACAUUUUUCGACGAGCUGAUAUCACUGAUCUUCGCACUGCCUCUACCCCUAUUGAGCUGCAUCACCGUCUUUCAUCUUCUGAUGGUGAGCCUCUGCCUGAUCCUACUCGCUAUCGUGCGCUUGUUGGUGCUCUUGUCUAUCUGACUAUUACUCGGCCUGAUAUUGCAUAUGUUGUUCGUGUUCUUAUUCAAUUUGUGAGUGCUCCUCGCUCUACUCAUUACGCUGCCCUCUUACGAGUUCUUCGUUAUCUUCGUGGCACUAUAUCUCGCUCUUUACUUUUUUCUGCCACAUCUUCUCUUGAGUUGCGCGCCUAUUGUGAUGUUGAUUGGGCAGGUGAUGCCUCUGAUCGACGUUCUACUACUGGUUUCUGCAUUUUUUUUGGAGAUUCUCUUAUCUCUUGGAAAAGCAAGAAACAAUCUACGGUUGCUUUUUCUACUACUGAAGCUGAGUAUGGUGCUAUGUCUUCUACUGCUAAGGAAGUUCUUUGGUUGUGA